UGCUUUUGUUUUCUACAUCCCUUUCUCCCAUUCUUCAAUUUGGACUUACUUUAUUUAGUGUCUGUUUUGAACCCUAACUUGCUGCCAUAAUGACAGACAAGCUUCCUGCCAAUCUCCUGGCACUGUUCGCACCUCGGCCGCCACUCAAAUAUUUAAAGCCUAUAGAUCGCGCGCCAGAAGACGUUCGACAGAGUGAUCUCACUGGAGUCGCCCAGUUUGUCGGCGAACUACAGAACUAUGCCGAAGAGGUGCCGUACAAUGCAACAGAAAGCUGGCUUCAGCGCAAAGCGAGACAGAAGCAAGAGAAGAAAGAAGAACUGGACAAAUAUCUCACAGAGGGGCUGAAAACUUAUGAUCCCAGUUCCGACCCGCAAGUUAGAGGCGACCCCUUCAAGACCCUGUUUGUCUCGCGUCUUAGCUACGACGUGAAAGAAGCAGACUUGGAGAGAGAGUUUGGGCGGUUUGGCCCGAUCGAAAGGAUUCGAAUCGUCACUGAUCCAUCAAAUACGAAUCCAAAAAAGAAACAUAGAGGCUAUGCAUUCAUUGUCUACGAGCGUGAAUUGGAUAUGAAGGCGGCAUACAAAGAAACAGAUGGUAUUCGCAUAAAGGACCGGCGCGUUUUAGUGGAUGUUGAACGAGGUCGCACUGUUAAAGGCUGGAAACCGAGACGAUUUGGAGGCGGUCUAGGAGGACGAGGAUAUACAAAGGCAAUGCCUUCGCGACCAAUGGGACCUGGCGGAUUUGCACCUUCUGGCCCCGGUGGGUUCCAAGGUGGUGGUUUCCGUGGUGGUUUCGGAGGUAGAGGUGGAUUCCGAGGUGGAUUCAGGGGUGAUCGUGGAUAUGGUGGACGUGGGGGGAUUGGGUAUCAAGGUGGAAGAAGCGGAUUUGGAGGUCCUCCUAACGGAAUAAGCGCUGGUCAGCCUCCACCCAACGCUCCCUCGGGCCCUGGCGGCGCUCGUGCUGGUGGUCCCGAUGAUAGACGUGGGGGAUACGAUGAUAGGUCGUAUAGAGGCGGCUCCAGAUAUGACCGAUCUGGCGGCGUCACAGGAAGCAACCGUGAACCGGUAAGACCUAGGGAUGCAUAUGAUCGAGAUAGAGACAGCCACAGGGACCGCGAUAGAGAUCGAGAUCGAGAUAGGCGUGACCGUGACAGGGAUCGAGGUCGCGAUCGGGACCGAGACAGGGAUAGGUAUAGCCGCCGUGACGAUGAUUACUCCAGGAAGAGAUACCACGACGGUGACGAUUAUGAUGACCCGCGCAGCAAACGGAGAUACUAAGAUACUGAGUUCUCAACUUCAACACGGGUUUGUUGGUUUCCUUCAUUCGACUUCUACUCUCCCAGGUACCUCUCAGGGUAAGACCAACGAUGUUCACGGCUCAUCAUUCCGUCAUGGCCCAUGCCGAAAAGCGUUCCGUCAUUAACAUCCAUUGGUGAUCCGACUCGCAUAAUCCGUUUCACUUUUCGGCCCCCCUUUUACCAAAUGGAUUAUCGGCUAUCUAUUUCUUGGUCGACGACGAAACAUCUGUGGCUUUCCAGCUUGCGUUGCUUAUGCUUCUCUCUAUUUGCCAUUCGAAUAUUUGUUUUCUUAUUUUAGUUUGUACGGGGGUAAGUAUGUAUAUUAUGAUGAGUUGGAAAGAACGGGCGAAUAGGUUUCUUUUUUGUCGGAGUCCUAGGUAAGAUCAAGGUAAGGCUGUUUGGCAUUUCCCAAACAUUCUUCGGUUUGAUCCCCUGUGAUCC